GCUACAUUUAUGAAGUAAUCAAAAUGGCCUUGAUUGUGAGGUGGAGGCAACUUUGUCUAGUGUUGUUUUUGUUCGUUGGCAUCUCUUUGGGUCUCCCCAGUUUGGAAAAUCAGACGCACGACCAAAUCGAACAGAUAAUAGCUUGCAGACAGCCCAAGGCACCUGGAUUGUGCAAAGGCCGUCAAUUGCGAUAUGCCUACAACAAGAAGACCGGAAAUUGCGAAAGCUUCUACUACACGGGCUGUGCCUCCACUGAGAAUAAUUUCCUGACCUUUGAGGAGUGUCGCAGGGACUGCAUGCAACGCCUGCGCUACUGAAAUCCUCAUUAAACUAUACUUACUAUAUAUUUCUUGUUA